AUGUCUUCUCGCCAUAGCGUCUUCACAUCCGGGAAUACCGCCGUAAUCUCAGGAGGCGCAUCAGGUGUAGGAUUCGCUCUCGCAAAGAAAUGUGUGGGAUUCGAGAUGAAUGUCGCCAUUUGCGAUAUCAACGCCGAGAAUCUUGAGAGUGCCGUGGGGGUCCUGAAGAAUGGUGGGAAGACGCAGGUAGAAGGUGUUGUUGUUGAUGUUGGGGUUGGGGUUGUGGGUGAUUAUGUUAAAGUUAGGAAGGUGGUGGAGGAGAGGUUUGAUGGUGGGCUGUUUUGUGUAGUCUUUGUUGUUAUAUUUCAUAUUUGGAUGAUGGGGGAGUGAAAACUGGGGUUGAUUCUUUGAUAUGUUCGGAAUCGAUGGACAGAUAGUUGCUUAUUGAUUCCAAGACUAACAAUACAUAGGUAAGAUCUCACUCCUCGUUCUCAACGCCGGAAUGGGCAUCCGCACCACAACUCCUUGGGAAGACCCAACGUAUUUCGAGAAGACUUUCCAAACCAACAUCUUCGGCAUCACCAACGGACUUUGUGUUCUUCUCCCCCUUGUUCUAAGCCAGAGCUCACCAUCUACUCCCACCUCCAUAAUCAUCACCGGCUCCAAACAAGGAAUCACCAACCCCCCCGGAAACCCCGCCUACAACGCCUCCAAAGCAGCCGUGAAAUCCAUCACCGAGAAUCUCGCCUUGAAUCUUACCACCAAGUCUCCUAGCACCUCGGUCCACCUGCUGGUUCCCGGUUGGACCUUCACAGGCAUGACGGGGAAUGUGGGAACGAGGGGUGGAGGUGGGAAGGAGAAACCGGCGGGUGCCUGGUGGCCGGAACAGGUCGCGGAUUACUUGGAGAGGAAGAUGGGUGAGGGACAGUUUUAUGUGGUUUGUCCUGAUGGGGAUGUAAGCGAGGAGAUGGAUAGGAAGAGGAUGCUUUGGGAUCGGUUGGAUCUUGAGGAGGGGAGACAGCCGUUGACGAGGUGGAGGGAGGAGUGGAAGGAGGCGGAGAAGAGGUAG